AUGUUUAACUCCUUGUCGUACGGCAUCCCCACACCCUCCUCUUCAGCUUCAUCAAACACCACUACUCAAAGAUUACCCAAUGUUCUGGUCAUUGGUAUUGGAGAAUACGUUACAGGAUAUGUUCAUGAAUCAGCAUCUCAAUCGGAUAAGCCCAUCGGAGUGGUAUUGCUAACCCUUUUUGAUUUACGUCGGAGAGGAAAAGUACAAAAUAUUUACCUUGCUGGAACACAAGGAACCAAAUUUCCAGGAAUUAGAAAUCAUUUGAAGAGAGGAUUGAGUAGAUAUAAUUUUGAAGCAAAUAUUUCUGGUACGACUAGUGAUAAGACAGAGUCUAUUGUGAAUGAAUAUCUUACAGAAACAUUUCCUGCGGAUUCGGUUGCAAAAGAUAUUCAUGCCUAUAGGGAAGGAUUGAGAAGAUUAAAUAAGGGAGAUGUUGUUUUUAUAUUCACUCCAGAUCAUACACAUUUUGAAAUUGCAUUGGAAUGCAUUAACAGUGGCAUGCACGUACUUGUAGCAAAACCACUCGUUCAAAAAUUGGAACAUCACUAUGAAUUGAUUAAUGCCAUUCGUAAAGAGCAUGUACUGGUUGGUGUGGAGGUUCACAAGAGAUGGGAUCCAAUCUAUUCAGAUGCACGAGAUCGAAUUUUGAACGCUGAUGAAAUUGGAGAUUUUUCUUAUUUUUCGAGUUACAUGUCUCAACCUAGUUCACAAUUAAUUACUUUUAAGAAUUGGGCAUCUCAUAGUGAUAUUUCCUAUUAUUUAAACUCGCAUCAUAUUGAUUUUCAUUGUUGGGCAUUAAAUGGAAUGGAAACAAGAAGCUCACAUCAACGAUUUUGGAGACCAUACAGAGUUUUCGCAAGUGGAUCCUAUGGUAUCGCUAACAAUGAGCCAUUUAACAUUAAUACUGAAGACUCGAUAACCCUCACUGUACAAUGGGUUGACUUGUCUUCCAAAAUUUCACAAGAACAUUCAAGUGAAUCAUUGGAAAACUUUUCUAAAUGUCUCAAAGGUACUGCCAUCUAUACUAGUUCUUGGGUAGCACCAAAGAAGUCGGAUGUUCACUCUCAACAACGAUUCAUGUAUCAAGGUAGUAAGGGAGAAAUUACAAUCGAUCAAGCUCAUCGUGGAUACACAGUAGCAUCCGAUGCUACUACUAGUUCAGGGCUUCGUUCUAUUAAUCCUCUAUUUAUGAAAUAUUCACCUGAUGUUUUUGGCAGAUUUUCUGGACAAAAUGGAUAUGGCUAUUUGAGUCUUGCAAGUUUUGUUGAGUGUGUUUAUUUGUAUGAAAAUUCACUGGUCACCGAUUUGGAUCUUCUCAAGCAACAAUUACCAACCGUAGAUGUCAUUCAAAAUGCAAUCACUGAGAAUGACACAUGUUGCCAUGCAGCCAUGUUGUCUGCAUCUGUGUUAACAACAGCCAUUUUAGAGGCUGGCCGUAUUUCUCUCAAUAAGCAGCUUGAAGGAAAGUCUUCUGGUGAUGUUGUGAUUCACUACAACAUGAAAACUCUACUACCAACACAUUUUGAGUAG